ACAUCGCACAGCACACUCUCCCUCGGCUCCCUUCCCUCCCCUGUUCUGCUUCCCACUAUUCCACCGAUAAGACGCUUGAUACUGCACCUACUACUCCAACUGUCGCUGCGCUGCUACGACUCCACCAUCUCAAGUCUUCGCCCGAAUUUUAUUAAGUAGGGGAGCAUCGCCCACGCCCAAUCAUCAUUCGCGUUCGUCCCCAAUCCCCAGAAGCACCCACCGGGCAGCGCGCGAGAUCCCACGCGCGACCGCACCAGCCGCGGCGCGGAUUAAUUCGAUUCUCGCUGGGCUUCGAUUCCGCGUCGAACCGUCCGGGGGUGGUUGGGGGCAGGAGAAGGGGAGGAGGGCCGUCGGUGCGCGAGGCGAUGGCCGCGGCGGCGAAGCUGACCCGGAACCUCUCGCGUCAGCUGUCGUCGGGGGCGGCGCGGAUAUGGCGGCAGCUGUCGCUGGAGCCGCACACCCCCCGGCGAGGGGUCGGGGCGGCCGCGGCGGCGGGCGCCGUGGCGGGGCCGACGAGGUUCGGGAUCGCGAGGCAGUCGUCGUUGGACCCGACGCCGGCGGCCGCGGACGUGGCGAUGCUGGCCGUGCCGGAUAACCUGGACGCGACGAUGCGGCUGCUGUUCGCGGCGUGCCAGGGGGACGUGGGCGGGGUGGAGGAGCUGCUCAGGGAAGGGGUGGACGUCGACAGCAUUGACCUGGACGGCCGCACGGCGCUGCACAUCGCCUCCUGCGAGGGGCAGGGAGAGGUGGUGCGCCUGCUGCUCGCCUGGAAGGCCAACAUCAACGCCCGCGACCGAUGGGGAAGUACGCCGGCAUUAGAUGCUAAACAUUACGGGCAUUUUGAAGUUUACAACCUUCUGAGAGCCAGAGGAGCAAUACUUCCGAAAUCUAAAAAGACUCCAAUGGUUGUAUCAAAUCCUAAAGAAGUUCCAGAGUAUGAGCUGAACCCGCUUGAACUUGAGUUUCGAAGAGGAGAGGAGGUUACAAAGGGUUACUAUAUAGCGAAAUGGUAUGGCUCCAAAGUGUUUGUGAAGAUACUUGACAAAGAAAGCUUCUCGGAUUGUGAUAGCAUAGAUUCCUUCAAACACGAGCUCACUUUACUGGAGAAAGCGCGGCAUCCCAAUUUGGUCCAAUUUGUGGGAGCUGUUACACAAAAUGUACCACUGAUGAUUGUUUCAGAAUACCACCAAAACGGUGAUUUAGCCAGUUAUCUUGAGACAAAAGGUCGUCUGCAGUCUUACAAAGCUAUCAGAUUUGCCCUUGACAUUGCAAGGGGACUAAACUAUCUUCACGAGUGCAAACCAGAGCCAAUCAUCCAUGGUGAUCUGUCACCAAAAAACAUUGUGCGGGAUGAUGAAGGAACACUUAAGGUGGCUGGCUUUGGCUCAUUUGGCCUGAUAAAAGUCUCAGAAGAUAAACUACGAAUGGCUCGACCCGUAUCAAAAUUUGACAGUGUAUACGUUGCUCCUGAGAUAUACAGAAACGAAACAUUUGACAGAAGCGUGGAUACAUUUGCAUUUGGUCUCAUUCUUUACGAGAUGAUUGAAGGAACUCCUGCUUUUCACCCAAAGCCACCAGAGGAAGCGGCCAAGAUGAUUUGUUUGGAGGGAUUGAGACCAUUAUUCAAGAAUAAACCAAAAUCAUAUCCCGAAGAUGUGAAAGAGCUAAUACAAGAAUGCUGGGAUACAACCCCUUCCGUCAGGCCAACGUUCUCAGAUAUUAUUGAACGCCUGAACAAGAUAUAUGCAAGUUGCUCUAAGCAAACUCGUUGGAGAGACAACUUCAAGCUACCAUGGAAGCAAGCUGCACACAGAUAGCCCUGAAUCCUGAGACGGUCGCCAAGAUCCUCCCUUACCCCUAUUUUGCAUAUGUUAGUAAACACGAAGAGAACUGAAUCGAUAUACGGGACAGAAGCAGUUCAUUUUCAGGGUUUUUCUGUAUGUCCAGUUAUUUUUUUACUGUUUGCUUUUAUACCUCUGGUCAAGUGUCUAUUACCUUCAUCCAAACGGGAAUCAUGUAUGUGUUUGAGGAAAAAAAAAGUGAGCCCUGUACUAUGGGUGUAUUUGGUAGCC